GCGAGUUUGUCUUGGUCCACAGCAUCAUUCCUAGGACUUUUCACGGGCACAAACUACAUUUUCUUAUGAAUGGAAAGAGAAAAAAUCUGUUCGGCUUAAAUUGGGAUCCGUCCUUCACUGAGAUCAUAGAAGGAAAACAACAAAAGCGAGACAAGGGGAACCGCCAGAAGAGAUGACAAUGACUACGAUUCCAGAAAGUCUUAAUAGCCCUGCCUCAGGAAAAACCGUUUUCAUGGAGUUUGGACCCCCGAGUCAACAAAUGUCGCCUUCCUCCAUGUCUCACGGACACUAUCCCAUGCACUGUUUACAUUCUGCAGGUCACACACAGCACGACAGCUACAGUCCAGCCUCGUCGUUCCCCAGAUCCUUGGGUUAUCCAUACGUAAAUUCCGUCGGCAGCCAUUCCACCAGUCCAUAUCUCAGCACAGUACAGACUUACCAAAACAGCUCGGGACUCACGCAGACACGAUUAGAAGAUGCAGCGCCAGAAACAGAGAAAAACACAGUGGUGGAAGGCGGAGAGGUGCGCUUCAACGGCAAAGGGAAAAAGAUUAGAAAACCAAGGACUAUAUAUUCGAGUUUACAACUUCAAGCCCUGAACAGGAGAUUUCAACAGACUCAGUAUUUGGCGCUACCGGAGAGAGCUGAGCUCGCAGCGUCGCUGGGUCUCACCCAGACACAGGUAAAAAUUUGGUUUCAGAAUAAAAGAUCCAAAUUCAAGAAGCUGAUGAAGCAAGGCGGUGGUACGAUCGACAGCAACGCUUUGGCCGCCGGCCGUGGACUUUCCAGUGGUUCUCCCUCGGUGGCACCUGUCUGGAGCUCGCCGACCACCGUGAAGACUUCAAUGGGCACGACCGGAUCUUACAUUCCCAGCUACACCUCAUGGUAUCCAACCACACACCAAGAGUCUAUGCAACAGUCACAGCUCAUGUGAGCAGAGAGCUCAGCAUCAGGAUGGUGAAAGGCCCAGCAGCCGCUGAGCGCGGCUCAGCAUUGACAAUGCACAACAAACAACAAGAUUCCCGGAGUUUGCUGCCGCAUCCCGCCAGCUGACACAGAGGCCUCCUCAUACCGAAGACGGCGAGCAGAGAUACAGAAGAAGAGAAGAGGUCAGACAGAGUGAAAAGGCGCACAAUGCGCCAGAGGGCAACCAGUCCGUGACCGUCCCUGACAGCGGAAAUCGCAGACAAAAGGAUCAUUUGUUUUUUUUUGGCUGCUUUUGUUUGUUGUUUUUUUUUGUUUUUUUUCCAAAUGUCGGUUUCUGUUUGUUUUCAAACUCAUAUUUGUGUGAACACUUCGGUUGUUGAGCUGUAGGCUACAUGUUUAUUAGAAAACACGUGUUUGUUUACGCCAGAUUGUCGGGGCCCAAGG